AUGGACAACGUUGGUCUUGCGUCGGCCCUGGCCGCUGCCCGCGACGCCCUCUCGGUGCGCGGCCUCAAGCACGCUGCGACCUUUGCCUGCGAGCUCUACGCUGGCCUUCCGAGCGUGCUGCACGAGCGCGUCCAUGCGUCGCCGCCGGCGCGCGAGGCCAUCCGCGGCAUGGAUGGUGUUCUCGAGCUCGCGCGCUCGUACUUUGAUGUGUCCGAGUAUGCCCGCGCAGCGCAUGUCCUCGACGCGAAGCACGGCGCGUUGUCGGGCGUCGAAUUCUUCCUCUUGCAUUACGCUCGUUACUUGGCAGGCGAGCGGCGCAAGGAAGCCAUGAGCACCGAGAUGAAGGUCGUCGCCGAGCCGACCAAGCUCACGGCGCCGAGCCCGCCCAAGCCCGUCAACCCGUACCUGCGACAGCUUCAAGAGGACCUCUCGACGGCCGACGAGAACGGCCAGCUCGACGCGUUUGGCUUGUACCUCUACGCGAUUGUGGUCAAGCAGAUCGCCGGCUCGGCACCCGGCGCUGCUGACCACGUCCAGCGAUUGCUUUGGCGGUCGCUGCAAUGGUUUCCGUGGAACUGGUCGGCUUGGCUUGAGCUGGCGCAAGCCGUGCAGCUCGACACCACGUCGCCCUUUGAUGUCCACGAGCUCUCGACGACGUGCCCGUGGAUGGUCGACCUCUUCCAAGUGCAUGUGCUCUUGGAACAAAACCAUGGGUCCCAGGCCUUGGAUGUUUUAUUGCCGCUGCGCAAGCAAUUUCCAACGUGUCAGUACCUCCUCGCCCAAACGGCAGCCGCUCAGUACCAUUUGCAAGAUUUCGACCAGGCCCACGAGUCGUUUGCUGCGCUGACCAAGGCCGACCCAUACCGCGUCGAUCAAAUGGAUCUCUACUCGAACGUCUUGUACGUCAAGGAAGACAAGUCGGGUUUGAGUUCGUUGGCCCAGCACCUGCAGCACGUCGACAAGUACCGUCCCGAGACCUGCUGCGUCAUCGGCAACUACUAUUCGCUCAAAGGCCAGCACGAGCGCGCGAUAUUGUAUUUCACGCGGGCGCUGACGCUGGACCCGCAGUGCUUGUCUGCGUGGACGCUCAUCGGGCACGAGUACAUUGAGCUGCGCAACACGGCCGCCGCCAUUGAAGUCUACCGUCGCGCGAUUGAUAUCAACGCCAAAGAUUACCGCGCAUGGUAUGGGCUCGGCCAAGCGUACGAGAUCCUCGAGCUGAUCCACUACAGCGUGUACUACUACCAGAAAGCCGCCGCCAUCCGCCCGUACGAUGCUCGCAUGUGGUGUGCGCUGGGUGGCUGCUACGAGAAGCUCCCGACGCCGCAACCCGGCCAUGCAAAAAUGUGCUACCAACGCGCGAUCGGCAACAAAGACGCCGAAUGCAUUGCGGUCUACCGCCUCGGCCGACUCUUUCAGAAGGAAAACAACGCGGAAAAGGCGGCCGAGUUUUACCAAUUAUAUUGGCGCGACCGCGGCGUCGCCCAAGUCGACUCGCCCGAAGCCGCGAGCGCCGUCCUCUUCCUCGCGCAGUACUUUAAAGAGAAAGGGCUUUACACGACGGCCACCGAGUGGUGCAAUCGGCUGCUCGACCGCCAAGGACCAGAGCGGGACGAGGCCAAAGCGAUGCUCCAGACCAUGCGCAACCUCGAGUUUACGCCCUUUUCCUAG